CUAAAAUUUACCAUUCUCUCCCUCAAAAUGGCGACUUGGCAUUGAAAAACAGCGAGUGGUGAAAACAUUCAAUGAGCGGGAAAACCAAACACCUCCGCGAUUUUUGAAUUUGAAUUUACAUAAUCUUUAUUUAACCUCCAUUCAUGUUUUUGUAAUCUUUUCACUGAGUGAAAACCAUUCAAAAAACAGUCGAGAUUGAUUGGAUGAUGUGAAAUGAAUUGAGUAGAAUUGACAUGCAAUGGAGGAUUGUUAUCAUAGUAUGAAGAGAAAAGAGUUGCAAGCACUAUGCAAAAAGCAUGGCCUUCCUGCUAAUCGAACCAAUUUCGAAAUGGCGACACGUUUGACCCAAAUUCUCCAGGCAAAGGGAAACUCAAUUUCCGAAGAAGCUAGUGAGACAAAGUCUGUAGAUGAGAUAAAGAGAGUGAAGAAAGUAAAGUUCAGUCCUGACGUUGAAACACGUGAGUAUGAGCUUUCCGUUUAUGGAAAGGGAGCCCGUCGAAUAACCAGGGGGGCUACUUUAGUUAAUUUUCCUGUAUCAAAUGAAUCUAAAGAAACCAUUGCUGUUUCUGGAAAGAAACGAGGUCAAAACGGGGAAGAUGAAAAACGAAUAACCAGGAGGACUUCUCUAGUUAAUCCUCUUCUAUCAAAUGAAUCUAAAGAAAUCAAUGGUGUUUCUAGAAAGAAACGAGGUCGAAGCAGGGGAGAUGAAGAGAUGAGAAGUGAGAAUGAUUCAAGGAGGGUUACUCGGUCAAGGAAUGUGGUUGAUAACCAGGGCACUGUUUCUAUCAUAGUGGAGAGAACUGAAACAGUGGUUGAAGAAAUCAAAGAGGAUCCGAAAGUUGUUAGGAGGUCGAGAAGAAAUAUGGAUGUUUCUAAAGAUUCUGAGGUUAUGAACGUUAAAGGAGUUCGUAGAGUUACAAGGUCUUCAGCUUCUUCAGUUACAGGGCAAAAUGAAGUUGGGAUAAAGGAGUCCAUAAAGGGCUUAGGUAGAAAGGCAUCUAAAGGAAAGUAUGGUGCACCGCUUGAUGGUGAGGCGGGAAGUUAUGGAAAAGGGGUGUUCCAAGAGACUAAAAAGCCUGGGAGGAAAGGGGUAUUACAGGGAGUUGCUGAAGAUGCAGUGGAAGAUUCUUUAGAAAGUGUAGAAGAUGUUCAGAAGGCUUCUACACCUGCAGUUGAUCCACGAAGGUCCAGGCAUAGAGCUACUACCUCUAAUGUUGGUGUUAGUGAUGAGUUAGGAAUAAGUGAAGCUGUGCAAAAGGAUACACAAUUGAUUGGAAAGGGGGUGUUAAAAGAGACAAGGAAGCGUAGGAGGAAAGGGGUUUUAGAUGGAGAGGUUGAAGAUGAAACUAAAGGUUCUUUAGAAACUAUAAAAGAUGUUGAGAAGGCUUCUAUACCUGCAGUUCAUCCACGAAGGUCCAGGCGCAAAACUACCGUAUUUAACUCUAAUGUUGGUGUUAGUGAUGAAUGUGGGAUAGGUGAAGCUGUGCUAAAGGAGAAGCGAUUGAAUGAUCAUCUUUCUGGCAAAGAUGCUUAUGUGACUCAUGAACCAAGCUGGACUAGAAGUAAAGUUUCCAGGAAGUCUGUGGAGUGUGUAGGAGAAGUUGGGCAACCACGCAAAAAUACUGCUGCAACAAGAAAAGGUAAAGAUGUGGGACAAGGGAAGCUAUUGAAUGAAACUGUUUCAGGUAAAGGUGCUCACGUGAUUGAUAAACCUCGGAGGUCCAAAAAAAAUGCUAUUGCACUACAUAUGACAGCAAGUUCUAAUAAAAUGGAGGAAAUUGCUGAUAUUGUUGGAAAGGUUGAACAACAAAAUGAAAAAGCUGAAACAGUUCAGGAUAGACAAAUUGAUUCGACUGGUGAUGAGUUUUUAAGUGGAAAUACUCCAAAGCGUUCUACAUGUCAUGUAGCAGAAAAUGACUUGGUUGGAUCUUCUGCACCCAUUAAAUCUGUUGGGAAGAAGAAGCAAGAAAGCAUAUCAACAGUGCCAAUUACAACUAAAGAAACUACUCCAACAAACAUAUCAGGAAAAGGUCCCCACAGAUUCACAAGAAGUGCUUCUAGACAACAUUUGAUAGAUGUUGGGAAGUUUGGGCAACAAAAUGAAAAAACUGAACUAAUGGAUGUGAAUAUUGAUGAGUUGUUGGUUGGAAAUACUCCAAGGCAUUUUACACAACAUGCCUUAAACAAUGACUUGGUUGGAUCGUUUGGACCCAGUAAAUCUGUUGAAACGAAGCAACAAAAUGACUCGGUUAGAGUUUCUGCAUCUAGUAAACAUGUUGAGAAGAAGGAAAGAAGCAUAAUAAGAGUGCCAGUUACAAUGAAGGAUACUACUCCAAUAAACAUAUCAGGAAAAGGUUCUUGCAUGAGCGAUGAACUACGGAGGUUCACAAGGAGUGCUUCUAGACAGCUUUCGACAGCAACUUUCAGUGAAAUAAAUACGGUUUCUGAAAGUGGUGGGAAGGUUGUGCUAGAGAACAAAAUUCGUGAAAUGGUUCAAGGGAACAAAAUUGAUGUGGCUAUUGAUGAGUUUUCCAUUGAAAAAACUCCAGGUCAAUCUACUGGACGUGUACAUAGAUCUGGCUUAAUUGGACCUUUUGCAUCUGUUGGGAAGAAGCAACAAAGUAUUUUAUCAAGAAUGUCAAGUGUGAGCAAACGAACUAUUCCAACAAACACUUCACCACCAAUUGAAGAAACUGGAUUAAUUAUGAAAGAAGCUUCAGGAGAAAGAAAUUAUUUAGUCUCGAACAGGCAUAAUGAUUUUGAAACCUCUGAGAAGGGAGGGAAAUACAAAACCAUACGUAGAGGAAAAAGAAACAUUGCUUCAGUGGGUGCUUUGACUAUACAUUCUGACAUUGGAGUACAGAUGGACAUUACAUCAAAAUUGGAGGAAACUCUGGAAGCAGCACCGCUUGCAUUGAAAAAUUCUUUCACAAAAGAGGAUACAUCAAAGCUUGCAGGAGAGUCUGUAUAUGUUUCUGCUUUGCUUUCUGACAUUGGAGUAGAAAUGGAUACUUCAACAACUUUAGAGGAAUUUCUUAUUGGAGAUGGCAGUAUCAGCGUAGAUAGCCCACCAUGUCAGCCAUUGGAUGUCAGUGCAAAGUUCGAUAAUCAUGAUUCAGCUGAGGUUAAAGGAAACACUUGUGAUGUGAUGUCUUUCUCUGAUGCCUUCUCAUCUCUUUCUCCGUCAACAGCAGAAUUGGAGAAUGUGCCUGCUGAGGAAGAAUUGUUAUUAGGCGAAGAAGAAUGUGAAGUGAAUGAUUAUGUCAGUAUUCAUUCAUGUGAAGACAUUGUAUUUAUUGACAAGGGUGGAUGUGAACUAAACGAGGCUGAUCAGGACGAUACAAAUGUUGAAACUGAAAUUAAAAUACAAGAAGUCAGUUUAGAGAUUUUUAAUAAGAAUAGCACCAAUGACGUAGACCAGGAAACUGACGGUGGCAGUGAUUUUGCAACUGAAGUUAAAAGUGCAUCUGUUCAAGAAGAUGACGUCAAUUGUAUGGAAAGGAAAGAACAGGAAGAUACACUAGACGUGAAUAGGCACGGAGGAGUACCUCAUGAUUCGCAAGCAUCCCCCACUUUUAAAGCUGAGACUUUUAUAGAGGAAGUCAAAGACAUACACCUUGAAAGUGGUGGUGUUGUCGAAGAGAGCCAAAACUACUUUUCUACAAGAGUUGCUUUAACAUGCCCACAUUCUACAUGCACCAUUCCUGAUAUUAAUGAUGAACGUCAACAAGGUAACUUGUCUUUGAAGAUCAGUAAACAACAUCAAAAUGUAGCAGACAAAGCAUCAACCGCCACUAACUCUAUUGAUGAAGACACAAAUGAAGUUCUGGAAGAAGUACCAGCAGAUGCUUUACCCCAAUUCAAUCAUGAGAAGCUGGGUGAUAAAAAUGCUGGGAACACUGCAAUAACAAAAAACUCCAGUGAUGAGAUUUUGUGCCAAGAAGAUUUUCAAGAUUGCAUAGUUAGUGAAAGAGGAAAUAGUUUUAACAACAGUGGCGGUGAACAAUUCUUGUCAGAAGCAUCAUCUGCUCAAAGGAUCCGAGACCUGUCCUCUGAGAAGGUUGAGGAUAAGGACUGCGGUAUUGAAGAGAUAUAUGACAAUAAGAAUAGCAGUAUAGAGGAUGUUGUGGAUGGGGCAGAUGCUCACUAUAAUCUUGUGGGGUAUAUGGUUGAAAAUCAAAGCACGCAUGAAGAGAUAAACAUUAAAAAACCUGAAGUGGAAGAUAAGGAGGUUUCAGGGAAUUAUUUGGUAGCAAAAUUUGGGGAUUAUGGUGGUUCCCAAAAGGUUGUUGCAGAAGUGAACUCUGCAGGUGAAGAAUCUAGUGAUUCACAAAUGGCAAUAAAGGGAAUGACUAUUGGUAAGUUUGCGGAAGCACAAUUGAAGUUUGAGCAGUCUCGUCAGGUUUUAGGGAAUGAAACCGCAGAAUGUAAUCCGAUAAUGAACCUUUCCUUCUAUGAUGAUUGCGAGGAAGUAGCUACUGUUUUGCCGCAGAGCACUCAACAAAGUAAUUUUCUUGAGGCAAAGAAUGUUGAAUUGAAUUCAGAAUCUACCCAAAGCAUUAAUAGUAUCGAUAGAGUGGAGGAAGAAAGAAUGCUAUUUAAAGCAAGUGAUUCUGAAGUUGACUCUUCUACAAACUUCAUGGGCGAUCACUCGGAUGCUAAGGAAGCUCCAGAAGUUCCUGAUACUAGUAUUUAUGAUGGUAUGUUUGAAAAUAGAAAAGCAGCUGGUGAAACAUGCAUGAUGGUAGUGGAUAUUCAGCAACAACAAAAUGAAGGGACUUCACAAACGGCAAGCAUAGUUAAGUCUGAUGAAGUAAUUUCUGUUUGUUUCGAUGGCUUACCAAAAAGUAGCAAUGUUGAGCUGGUUACUUUGUCUGAGGCUGGAUUGACUAAUUCUGGAUGCCUCAGUAGUGCAUCUGAUGGAGUUUACAAUGCUGCAAUUCAACUUGAAGUGAUGAUGGUUGAGCCUGACAGUCCUAAUGAGGAGCAUGUGCCAUAUAUGGACACAGGUGAUGUAAAUGCAAAAGUUGAAGUUGCCAAGGAUGGAGCUGGAAAAUUGGAAGAUCAUAUGGAUGGCAAUGGUACUAACCAGGGUGUUGAGCAGGAAUCAGAAAAUAGAUCAUUGAAUCAAGUUGAAUCUGCCAGUAUUUGUGACGGUACUUUUGGAAAUAGAAAAGCAGCUGAUGAUGAAAAAUGCAUGAUGGCAGUGGAUAUUCAGCAGCAGCAAUAUGAAGGGACUUCACAAUCAGAAAGCACUGUUAAGCCUGAUAAAGUGAUUUCUAUUUGUUUAAAUGGGUUGCAAAAAAGGAGCAAUGAUGAUCCGAUUACUUUGUCUGAGGCUGGAUUUACUGAUUCCAGAUUCCUCAAGAAUCCAUCUGAUGGAGUUCACCAUGCUGAAAUUCAAUUUGAAAUAAAGAUGUUUAAGCCUAACAGUCCUAGUGUGGAACAUGUGCCAGAUAUGGACACAAGUGUCGUAGAUGCAAAAGCUGGAGACACAAAGAAAGGUGCUGGAGAAAUGGAAGAUAAUUUGGAAGGCAAGGGUACUAACCAGGAUGCUGAGAAGGAAUCAGAAAAUAGAUCAUCAAGUCAAGUUGAAUCUUCCCUUAACUCCAACUGGGAGGCGAAUAUGAUUUAUGAGAAAGGAGAACAAGAUGCUGGAAAAUCUGAUGAAGAACACUUUAAGGAGAAUUUGAUGAGCAAGAACUCUGAGAAGGUUACACCUGGAGAACAAGAGCAAACGGCAAAACUUGGUGAAGUCUUGGAAGACAAUUUGACAGGUGAUAAUUCUGAGAGUUUUGUGCAGUUACACCAAGAUUUAGUAAAUGAUGAAAAAGUUGAACAAGGAACUGAAAUGAAUUUUGGCAUAGAUGACAUAGUUUCUGAUGAAAAAAUUGACAAUGCACCUGUAAUCAAUCAAGAGUUCCUUCAUAUUCAGAAUCCUGAGGAUAAGGAGGUGGAAAAUACCGUUUUUCCUGCAAAGGAAGGGGUUUUAGCAGAAGUUGCAUAUUGUGGCCAUGGCGUCAGGGAAGAUGUUUGUGUAGAAGACAAUGGUGCUUCCAUGAAAAUACCCAUCAAAAAUAUCGAUAUACAAGAAGAGGAAGGAGAUGGAGGGGCUGUUCAAUCAGACUUUUGGGAAGAUACAUUACUUGAAAUUUCAAAGACUCAUCAGCUACAUAAGGUUAUUUCAAGUUCUAGCCAACAGCAAGACGACAUGCCAGCAGAACUUUCAACACUUGCAGAUACCUAUUGUGCUAAACCUGAAGAUGAUUUAUGCAGUUCUUCCAUACAACAAAUUACAAAAGCUUAUUAUGAAGAGCUUGAGGAACAAUUGAUGAAGAAUGAUGAAGUACUUACAGCAGAACAAACUGAUGUAGGUCAGAAAGCUGGUGGAGAACUAAAUAAGUUUACAGAGAGUUCAACCUUGGGAAAAAAUGCAAGUGUACAUCAGGAUGUAACUGAAGAGGAACUUGACUUGCAGCAAGAUCCAGUUAAUGAAGGAGUUUCUGAAGAUGAUAAUGACUGUUUAGCUGCUCUCAACACAUUCUCACCUGACAACAUAAGCAAGACACCUCCUGCAGAGACCGAGGAACCACAUAGUUUCGAAGAUAUUUCUCAACUCCAACAUAAGCUGGAAUCUGAUAAUACAAUCAAGUCUGCUAUUGACGCUUCUCCAGAUCAUGAAUGUGAAUCUUCCAAGCUGAGUCUGGUUUCUGGAGAGGGAGAAGAAGAAUUCCAACUCAAUCUGACAAGUCAGGAAGCUGAACAGUCUGAUAAAACUGUAGAGGAAAAUGAUGAACUGAGUUCAGAGAUGAAAACUGCUGAAAUCGAUUUAGUUCAUCCAAUACAACAGAAAGUUUCUGACUGGUAUACUAUGAAAGAAAAUGCACCAACCAAUAAGGAGGAGCAAAUUGGUAAUAUGACUGCACCAAAAACAUUAACUAAGAGGCGUCCUCUAGAGGAUGUGAGGAAUUAUCACUAGGUUCAUUAGAUUGCUUGCUCUCUAAGCUAGGUUAGGUAUUUAUUUUAUGCAUUUGGAUUUUAUUAUGGACUUCUAGAGUUUGAUAUAUUGUAAGCAUAUCUCAUGCCAUUUAGUCAUUAUUACUAUCUUAAAGAAAUAUAUGAACGUACAGAGUUUUUCACAA